UUCGACCACCGUCUAUCAAGAGAGAGUGCGAUAGAGAGAGUGUGUGUGUGUGUGUCACUCGGUCACAGAGCGUUGGAAUGUCGAUUCUUCAAGUCAGAGUCCCGCUAUCUUCUUAUUCUUUUCUACUCUCUUCGCGAAUUAAUCUCCAAAUUCCCUCCAAAUCUUUUUCUUCACUCUCACAUUUCUCGAAUCCAAAUGAUUUUCAUUCACACCUGAAGAACUCCCGAGCUUUCGGCACUUAUAGUAAGAGAAUCGAUGUUUUGAGAGAGGCAACAGUUGCUAAUUCAAGAAUCAGUUGCUCUGCCAAGGUUGAGGAGCUAAAUGAGAGCUCUGAUAUUGUGAAAGAGAAAAGCGUCUCCGUCAUUCUUCUCGCUGGAGGGAAGGGUAAAAGAAUGGGCGCGAGCAUGCCAAAGCAGUAUCUUCCACUUCUUGGCCAACCAAUUGCUAUGUAUAGUUUCUACACUUUAUCAAGCAUGCCUGAAGUGAAGGAAAUUGUUGUAGUUUGUGAUCCUUCUUACGUGGACAUUUUUGAAGACACAAAAGAGAAAAUCGAAGUGGACCUUAAAUUUGCAUUGCCCGGAAAGGAGAGACAAGAUUCUGUAUAUAGUGGACUCCAGGCAGUUGAUUUAAACUCUGAACUUGUAUGUAUCCAUGAUUCUGCAAGACCUCUGGUAUCAUCUGCGGAUGUAAAGAAGGUUCUAAAAGAUGGUUGGCAGAUUGGUGCAGCUGUGCUCGGUGUUCCUGCUAAAGCUACUAUCAAGGUGGUAAAUAGUGAAUCUUUUGUAGUAAGAACUCUGGACAGGAAAACCCUCUGGGAAAUGCAAACUCCACAGGUCAUCAAGCCAGACUUGCUUAAGAGGGGGUUUGAGCUUGUCAAUAGAGAAUGCCUUGAAGUCACUGAUGAUGUUUCCAUUGUGGAGCACCUUAAACAUCCUGUAUACAUCACAGAAGGAUCUUACACCAACAUCAAGGUUACAACCCCGGAUGAUUUAGUACUUGCAGAACGGAUAUUACAUGCUACCUCAGAGUCAUCUUAGCAAAAUUUCUCCUCUUAUGGCUGCAAAUUUCAAUCACUGUCCUUGGUUAUGGAACAAUUACAGAAUCUGAUAUUUCCGCUUGGACAUCGGUUGCAACUGCCGUCAACAUCCAUCUUCAACAUCUUACUUUCCGGACCUUUCAAAUUGGGUUGAAAUUCAGAGUGAAUAUCAGCCACCAGUGCAAACUCCAUAGCCUUGUUUUCACGCACAGAAGUUGCAAAUGAUGCAGUGAAGUUAUGACCAAAUGUUUAGUACCCUCAAGUUGAGGUUGUAUUAGGCCAAAUUUCACCGUCUAUAGUUCAGUUAAUCUGUGAAGGAUUGUACACGAGAUGUUGAGUCAUACCUUUUAUUUUUUCGAUCCUUUUGGUCUUGGAGUGAAUACUUUUUUUUUUUUCU